AUGGGGGUCAUAUCGAUUGAAGGUGCUGACGAAGUGGUGUCUCUAUUGACUCAGGUGAUCGCCUCUGAGCACGAUCAAGACGCUGCUGUGAGUCGCACACGCAGCAAGCCGGAAAGCUCCACGCCGGUGAAAAAGCGCAAAACGGCAUACGACAUUCGGCGAGAGCAGAAAGGAGAGCUAACGGGUCAAGUGGACAAGCUGCAGAAGCAGCUCGACGAACUCAAGUAUUGGGUGCUGCUGGAGCAGGGGAAAGCUGCUCAAUUUACCAUCCCUGGGGGAAACCGCGUGCUGCAAGAGUUUAUUCAGGAGCAGCACCUGGAACUUGCCAAUUUGCAGGCGAUGCUCGCAGCUAACUUGCAGCAGAACGUCGCCUCGCUACAGCCGGCACAUACGAUUAUUCGGUUGGGGUCCGAUCCGAUUGAACGUCACAAGACGUUGGUGGCACUCAAAGCCCAGAAAUUGCGGGAGGCGAUGCGGUUCAUCAGUGCAAGAAGCCAAGGGCUCGAUCCCAGGUCGACAUAUUUCCAAGAAGAGCGCAAUAACAUGCCAGAGGAGGACUUUUGCCUCGUUAUCUUCGAAAACAGAGCCGUCCACGGCGUGAGUGCCCGAAUGGUGUUUGACGCAUUCAUCGACGUUGCUCAUAGCUCUGAGAUCGUCGUCUCGGAGAUGUUUGGUAGCGUUACCAUCCGUGAAGACGACGAGGCCGACGCGAGAGACAUCUCGCAGAUGCGGGCGGUGACGUCGACAACGCAGGGGACCCUGGUGGAGUCCAACUCGCCAGAGGAACGAGCUAGGCGAGACACGACCACGGUCUUCAUGAUCCGCUCUUUCCUGCACCCGCUUUCAUCUGAUAGGGGUGGAAACGAGGGAAAAGAGUUUGUGGUUGCCGCCUCCCGGUGGUCGUGUUCGAAGAUUCGACGUAGUGCAAUGAAUCUGUCGCCUGACGCGAUGCAAGAGCUGCAGGAAAGCACGGUUUCGUUCGGGAACACGAUGAAGAAGUGCAUCCUGCAGCGCUUGGGGAAAAGAUAA